AGACUGGUUGUGGUGAGGAUGAGAGAGACUAUGGGUGCCAGGAUGCUCGUGACGCUUGUGUUAGUGUCUGGUGUUAUUUGUGGGACACGCGGGGAUAGCUUCUCUGAAAAGGGUGUUGAGGGCACGAACACCAACGAAGCCCAAGCCAUCAACUUCCUUCGCCAGUACGAUGCCGAAGCCUCAGUCAUGUGCAACCGCUUCAUGGAGGCCAGUUGGGACUUCAACACGAACGUCACUUCGUUCAAUCGCCGGAGAAUGUUAUCGCUGCAGAUGGAGUGGUCUCGGUUCCAUCAUCAGAAGUGGGACCAGGCCACGACCUUCGCGUGGAAGAACUUCUCUUCAGCGCCUGUGAGGAGGAUGUUCUCCUUCGUCACGGUGUUGGGAAGAGCCGCCCUGUCUGAGGAUAAGCUAAAGGAGUUGACAGAGCUGACCCAGGAAAUGAAGUCGUCCUACUCCGCUGCCAAAAUCUGCAGGUACGACCCCACGCGUCGUCGUCUGGAUAACGGAGACUACGACUACAACGCAGACAACGACCUGGACAACGAGAUCGGAUGUACUCCAACGCUCAGUCUCGAACCCCACCUCGUCCAGCUGAUGGCGACCUCCCGCGACCCGGACGAGCUGCGUUACUUGUGGCGCGCGUGGCGGGACGCGGCGGGGCGGCCUCUGCGCCGGCAGUACACGCGUUUCGUCGAGCUCUCCAACGAAGCCGCGAGACUCAACGGCUUCGAAGACGCCGGCGACUUCUGGCGGAGCGACUACGAGACGGAUGACUUCGAGGACAUCAUCGACGGGCUGUGGGCGGAGCUGAGGCCGCUGUACGAGCAGCUGCACGCUUAUGUGCGCAGGAAGCUCAUCGAGAAGUACGGCGACACCAUCGUACCGCCCACGGGCCCCAUCCCCGCCCAUCUCUUGGGCAACAUGUGGGCACAGACAUGGACCCACAUCAUGGACCUGACGGUGCCCUACCCCGGACGGCCGAGCGUGAGCGUGACCAACUCCCUCCGUCGCCAGGGAUAUUCGCCCUUCGACAUGUUCCGGCUGUCGGAGUCCUUCUUCAUCUCCCUCGGUCUCGAGCCGAUGCCCUCGACCUUCUGGCAGAAGUCUCUCCUCAUUAAGCCCUCUGAUAGAGACGUUAUCUGCCACGCUUCCGCUUGGGAUUUCUGCAAUGGUAUAGACUACAGAAUCAAGCAAUGUACCCAAAUUACGAUGGAAGACCUGAUAACAGCGCACCACGAAAUGGGUCACAUCCAAUACGAUCUCCAGUAUCGCAACCAGCCCUUCAUCUUCAGGGACGGUGCUAACCCCGCCUUCCACGAAGCGGUGGGCGACGUCCUAGCCCUCUCGGCCGCCACGCCCUCGCACCUUCAGGAGAUCAACCUCCUCGCCAACGUCGACGAAUCCUUCGAGAACGACAUCAACUUCCUCUUCUCGAUGGCGCUGGACAAGAUCGCUUUCCUGCCGUUCGGUUAUCUCGUGGACAAGUGGCGUUGGGAAGUGUUUAGCGGAGAAAUCAGUGAGUCAGAGUACAACAGCCGCUGGUGGGAUCUUAGGGUGAACUACCAGGGUGUGUCUGCGCCCUUGCUAAGGGACGAGGAUGACUUCGACCCCGGCGCCAAGUUCCACAUCCCGGCUAAUGUGCCUUACGUGAGGUACUUCGUGAGCUUCAUUGUGCAGUUCCAGUUCCACGCUGAGCUCUGCAAGGCCGCAGGGCACACGGGCCCACUCCACCGCUGCAACAUCUACCGCUCUGCCGAAGCUGGGAGGCUCUUGAGGAACGUCCUUUCCCUCGGCAAGUCUCGCCCUUGGCCCGAGGCGCUCUCCGUGCUCACCAGCGGCCGCACCGACCGUCUAGAAGCAGGACCUAUUCUCGAGUAUUUCCAGCCUCUCAUGUCCUGGCUCGAGUCUCAGAACAAGGACGAGUUCAUUGGGUGGCAGGAAAACGAAGCCAUCGUCCUGGGCGUGGUGAGCUCCAAUGCCUCCGUGGUGACGGGCGUCAUCCUCGCCUUCAUCGCCAUCGUCCUCCUCGUCGCCCUCGUCAUCAUCGCCGUCAGGAAGUUGCGGUCGUCAGGCGGGUCCUUCACCGCUCCUGCGCCGGGGACCUGAGACGAGGCGGACCCGAAGCCUGAGGUUGAAAUUAUCGAGGAGGAUUUAGGGACAAUUUAGCAGAGAAUGAUUGUUUGUUUUCUCUCAUUUUUUAACGGUAUAUUUAUAAUAAGAUUCCUAUUUAUGUAGUCCAUUUUGUUGGCAACUUAUGUCCCAACUGUCUUUAUAGCUUGUACUUUAUGAAAAGAAUCGUUUCAAGUUUUUUUUUUAAGGGGGUCCCGUGCACUGAUCUCUCUUUCUCUGUUUAUUUGUCAAGAAGAAAAAAUGCAAGCUACCUCAAGAAAAAAAAGUAACAAUAAUCAACCAGUAUAAGAAGACCAAAGAUAAGUGUUUAAUCUCUUAGACGCCACAAGAGCGCCUCCUUGCCAGACUUGAGGACAUCCAACAAUCAGCGCUCAUUCUCUGCUGCAAUCACCUCCUUUGAAAGUCCCUCUCCACGGGCUUUUGUUCUCUCCACGACUUUCAUCUCGGACUUCGGGUCUGUGAUUAUGAAACUAGUCCCGUCCUUUGGCUUUGGUCUGACUGUUCCAAGGCUGUACGGAGGAAUGAUAAGUGUCUUCGGGAGCCAUAGUAAAGAGUUCCGAAGCCCGUCCGAAUUUUCGAGCAUAAGGACCACGCGGCGGUACUUGAAAGUAUGAUGUACAAAGUUCACACACACGUUAUUAUGCGCGAUUAAGGUCUUUACGGCGAUGUGUCCUUUUCAGCCGUACAGCUCAUGAGUUUUGUAUCUUAUCUUACAUGCUGCCAAGGUUAGUGGUUCCAGGUUUGGGCUUGAGAGAUUCUAAUGGAGCGCGAGUGCUCACCGUGUCAACAGAUGAUAUACAUCCCCAUCACUGUAUAUAGAUAAUUCACAUCAUCAGUUCUGUCUGAUAUCUUAGGUGUGUUUAUGGACCUCCAGUGCCAAAAAGACAGCGAACCACUCACCCAUGGCAUGCGAUUUCUGAACCAAAUCUUUCAAAAAAUGAACACUACUUGGGGGACACGUAGCAAUGUCCUCUCAAUCUGUGUUGUAUAAAUCGAGCAUAUGUAUAAAAUACGCAAACCUUUUUCUUCCACCACACGCUUAAUUAUUCUUAAAGGAGAAGGAAGCAAUAUCUGUGACCUUGCUGGACCUCCCGUCAUCACAGUUCAGUCAACACAAGGAUGGAACUAAGCAAGACUCUAGGAACCGAUCGAGCCUUUUCUCUCGGAGCGAAAGAACCAUUGCCUUUCAGCCGAGAGGUUCUUGGUAGUCGUAAGGGAGUCACUCUUGUUGGUGUUGUCUUCGAUUUUUUUUUUUUUUUUUGUUAUUCAUGUGGUAGCACCGUUGAAGUCGUAGUGUAAGAUAAAUGAAAAGCAAAGUUUAGCUAUGUAGACGUGAUUUAGAUGUUAUUUUUUUCUUCAAUGUUAUGAAACUGUCUUUAAUCACGCUUCUGUUAGGCUUUAUUACAAGCCCUAUAAACCCAUGGCAAAAAAAAAUCAUGCAUCCUCUCACGAAUCACGAAAUACACGCCAUUAUCCUGCACUUUACGUUGAUGCUUUAAUAUGAAAUUAUAUUCACGCACUUUUUAUGAUUUGUAUAGCAAUGUUUCUAUACGUAAAUAAAAUGUAUUUGUAA